UUUCUUUUAUAUUUAUCUUUUGAACAUUUAUAAAGAAUAGAAUAACAUCUAUAUAAACAAUGGCAGACACUCUCAAAGAUGUUCCAGAAUUCUUUGAGUCUGAACUUGGUGAAUCUAUUACCGCUCGUACAGAAGCUUUAGGUACAUUUCGUGAAUUAGGUCCUCCAGAUUUAUGUCAUAUUAUUAAAGCUCAUUCAAAGCCUGGUAUGAAAGAGCUUGGUAGUUACCAUUAUGUUUCUGGUGUUGAUGCUUCUUCAUCUGCUACAUUGGCGGCAUAUUUAAAUUCUUUAACAUAUUCUAUCGAUGAAACACAAUCUUGGUUUUCAAAAUCAAAUGCAUGGAGAAUUCGAUCAGGAAUUUAUUGCUGCUUUAAUGCAUUCUCUCGUGUAGAUGUCCGUGUUGAAGUAAAGAUUCCCGGUGGUGUAGAAAGUUAUUUUGUAGAUAUUAGAGGAGAAAGACAUGAAGCAACAGCUGCUAUUUGGCAAGAAACAUAUCUUUCAGCUGUUCUUCGUGCUAUUCUUUAUUCAGAUGAUAGCUACUAUAGAUUAGCAGGUUAUCGUAAAAUGGAUCCUAUCACAAAUUUAGUAGGAGAGCAGCGAUUUUUAGAGGCUGUAGAAGCUCUCUUUUGGCGAGGCUGGCAAUUGGGUAGUAAUCCAGAAAUUCAAACAGCAACAACAGUUCAUAAUCAUUUAACUUCAGGUGUUAUGAAGUACUUUGGUGAUAGUUUUCGUUACGGUCCAGCAAUUGAGCUUUAUACUAAAUUACGUAAAAGAGAUCCUGAAGUAGGAGCCUUACUAGCUCAGUCAUUUAUUGGUCAAAAUGAAGAAAUUAAAGCGGUUAAAGUAUUAAAUGCUGAUCUAAAACGUAUGCCCAUGAGCUAUUCAUUGUUACAUGUUCAAGUUGAUUUCCUUCGUAGCAAGGGCGAAUACCAUAUGGCCUUAAAGUUGGCUAAAUUUGCUGUAAAUACUACUCCCUCUGAAUUCCUAACAUGGGCCAAACUAACUGAAGUUUAUAUUGAUCUCGGUGAUUACAAAAACGCACUUUUGACUUUAAAUUCAUGUCCUAUGUUUACCUAUAGUGAACGUGAUAUGCAUCGAAUGCCUGCACCUGUUAAAACUCAUUUACCUAUUAAAGUUGAUAUUUUAAAUUCGGGUGUCAUGGAGGAAGAUGCGGCAGGAAGAGAAAAUGAGGCAGAUCCCAACUUGUCUCGUCUCCCUGCUCCUGCUUUACAUGGUACAUUUGCUAAAGCUUAUACUCUUUUAACUCGUCUGGUAAGUAAAAUUGGAUGGGAUGAUUUGCUAAAAUGUCGAUCAGAAGUAUUCGUUAUGGAAGAAGAAUAUCGUGCUCAGAAAGCCAAAGAGGACAUUCAGAAAUCGAGUUCAUCUUCAAAUGAUGAAUUGAAGGAUGACUUGAAUCUUGACCAUAAACCACCUGUACCUCCAAAGGAUCCACCCCAAACCCAAGAAAAACAAACAGUGGUAGAGGCAAAGGCAAAAGCAGAGGCAGAGGCAGAGGUAAAGGCAGACGCAGAGGUAAAGGCAGAGGCAGAGACAGAGGCAGAGCCAUCAAAUCAUGAAGAAAAUGAACAAGAAAAUGAACAAGAAGAAAGUACUGAGGUCAACAAAAAGGAAGAAGAGGAAUCUAAUGAAGUUAAUGAAGCAUUAGCAGAACAAAUGGAUACAAUUGAUUUAAAUGAUGAACAACAGGAAGAAAACAAUAAUAAAUCUGUUGAAGUACAUCAUACACCACCUCUCCGUCCUACACAAGCGGCUGAUGACCAAUUCAAGGCCGAUGAUAUUAAUACUAACACAGCCAUUAACAACAAUAGUAAUCUUAAUGAAAAUAAUCUUCCUUCACCUCAUCCUAGUGAUGGAGUGAGCUUCUCUUUUAGUAAUAAACGACUUUGUGAACGAUGGUUAGAUAAUCUUUUUAUGGUUUUAUAUGAGGAUUUACGAAUCUACACCUUCUGGAGAACAGAAGCAGCUCAUUAUCGUGCACAACAAAUGCCAUACCGUAAAACAGGGACAGAAUGGGAAUUACUAGGUGACCUUGCUCUUCGUUUAUGGCAUGAACAAGAAGCUAAAGAAGCAUAUGAGCAAUGUCUAGAUCAUAAAUUCUCUGCAAAGGCAUGGAUGAAAUUAUUAGAAAUUUAUGUAAAUGAAUCAAAUGUUCAAAGAGCUCUUUUAGCAGCAGUUAAAUUAACAGUUUAUCAUGAACGUUGGUAUCAUGAAAUUGUGUAUCCAAGCGAAAUUGCACGUAAUUUAAGUAUUUUAAUCAGAAGAGAAGGCCUUUCAAAAAUACAAAAUAUGUUAACUUCUAUGAAUUUACCUCGUCCUGUUCAACAACUGAUGACACAAUAUUUUGAUUAUGCCGAGCUUUUUAAAAUUGAAGGUUAUGAAUUUUAACAAAAAAAAAAAAAAAAAAAAAA